CAUUCACAUUCAAACAAACCAUUCAAACGGAACAAAAAAAUACUCGCGUUUCGGUUGUUGUUGUAAAACAGUGUUAGAUUACGAUGGCGUUUACAAACUUAAUAAAUUUAACUCUACUGUUGUGCUUUACAACGAUUGUAUCAUCACAAAGAACUCCGACUAUAUCACACAUAACACAAGAACAGAUCCGUGAUAUAGGAAGUCAAGUGGACUUGGACUGUUCCGUCCAUUACGCCCAAGACUUUCCAGUGAUAUGGGUAAAAUACGAUCGCUACAAGACGGUGGAGUCCAUCCCCUUAUCCAGUAAUGCUGGUCUUAUCAUCAAAGAUUCCCGAUUCUCUCUCAGAUUCGACGAUGCUACUGCAACCUUUACCCUGUCGAUUAAAGAUAUUCAAGAGAACGACGCUGGCUGGUACCAGUGCCAGGUUCUCAUGUCCAUCAGUAACAAGAUCACAGCGGAGGUGGAGCUGCAGGUUCGACGCCCGCCCAUCAUAUCUGAUAACUCGACGCGGUCGUUAGUCGCUAGCGAGGGAGAGAGUGUACAAAUGGAAUGUUACUCGGGUGGUUUCCCGCUGCCGAAGAUCUCUUGGCGUCGUGAGAACAACGCCAUCCUGCCGACCGGUGGCUCCAUCUACAGAGGAAACAUCCUGAAAAUCGCGGCUGUUCACAAGGAAGACCGCGGCACAUACUACUGCGUGGCAGAGAACGGUGUUGGCAAGGGCGCGCGCAGGAAUAUCAAUCUAGAAGUCGAGUUCGCGCCCGUAGUCACUGUGCCUAGACCUAGACUGGCUCAGGCCUUACAAUACGACAUGGACUUGGAGUGCCACGUGGAGGCCUACCCGCCGCCCGCCAUCACCUGGCUCAAGGACGAGGUGCAGCUGUCCAACAACCAGCAUUACAGAAUCUCUCACUUCGCGACCGCUGACGAGUUCACGGACACGACGAUCAGAGUGAUCACAAUUGAGAAGCGCCAGUACGGUAUCUUCAAAUGCAAAGCUCAGAAUAAGCUGGGGACAGACGAGGGACAAGUUGAAUUAGUCGAGUCGAUAAUCCCGGUGUGUCCGCCCGCGUGUGGCACGGCGCGCUACGCGGGCGCCGCCUCGCUGGCCCCCUCCGCCGGCACGCUGGCGACUCUCCUCGUCAUCUACGUAGCGUACGCCGGACGAAGAAUCGCCAAUGCCGGACAUUAACUACCCGGGUUUGAGGCCCGACCCGCUCGUGUACGGAUAUCCGGGUACCGGGAGUACCAUCACAGCACAUAUCGUGAUAACAUAUCUAUGUAUAUUUAUAACUUUGGUCUAAAUAUUGUUAAGAUUUUCAGACAUUGGUGAGUUAGAUGUAACACAGUACCAUGGACGAUUUUGAACUCUAAGUCAUUGACCUCGGGAAGAAGGGAGAGCGAUUGGUGCAUUUAGUCAUCAGAUCGUCUGCGGUUUAAAUUUUUCCAUUGUAUUAAUUGUAAAAUUAAUUGAUUACAAAAAAUCUAAAGACCCACGUUUUUUAAAUAUCACUG